GUAUUCGAAUCGAAUCGAAAAACAUGGCUGCGUUGCCGUCUCCUACACAGGUAGCUGGCGAGUCUAGUUCAAUAUAUGAAGCUUAUUACAAUGUGGUUGAUCCUAAAGGGAUUGGAUCUGUUGGUGGGAUGGAAGCUGCUCGGUUUCUUAAGAAAUCCGGAUUAAGUGAUGUGAUGCUUUCAAAAAUUUGGGAUCUAUCAGAUCCUGGUGGAAGGGGUUGUUUGGAUAAAUGUGGCAUGUUUGUUGCCUUAAAAUUGGUUGCUCUAGUCCAAAAUGGAAAGGAUUUGAACAUUUCCAAUAUAUCUGUUGAUGUACCCCCACCAAAAAUGGGGGAUGUUCCUCUGCCUAAACCUAGCAAACCACCACCACCAAGAAACACACCUAGCACAUUGAUAACAUCUCUUCCUCCUUCUGCUGUUGAUUGGAUGAUUAAACCACCUGAGAGAGAAAAAUAUAACAAGCUAUUUGAUGAUUUGCAACCUACAAAUGGUUUAAUACCUGGUAAUAAGGUGAAAAAUGUACUAAUGGAAUCAAAAUUACCAUUUGAAACAUUAGGAAAAAUUUGGGACUUGGCUGAUCAAGACAAAGAUGGUAUGCUUAAUAGACAUGAGUUUGUAGUGGCAAUGCAUCUCGUUUAUAAAGCUUUAGAGAAAUACGCAAUCCCGAGCGUUCUACCACCGGAACUCAUAGAGCCAGUCAAGACAAAGCCGUCACCUCUGGUUAAAGGUUUAGAUGGUAUCAAACCAGAAAUGCCUCCGCCUCCAAUAAUGGCCCAACCUGUUUCUCUAAAUUCAUCUAUCAAGACUUCCAUUCCCAUUCAACCCACUGUCCCACCCCUUCAGUGGGUCGUCAGUGCCGAAGAAAAAGAGAAGUCCGAUGUACUUUUCAUUAAGAGCGAUGUUGACAAAGACGGUUUUGUGUCCGGUCAGGAGAUAAAAGAUGUGUUUCUGCAGUCGGGUGUACCUCAGCCUGUGCUGGCGCAUAUUUGGGCCUUGUGUGAUAUCAAGCAAAGUGGCAAGCUUAAUGACGAACAGUUUGCCUUAGCAAUGUGGUUUGUAGCAAGAUGCCUGAAAGGCAUUGAACCCCCUUCUGUUCUUGCUCCCCAAAUGGUGCCUCCAUCUUUUCGCGCCACAAAACCAUUAGACGGCCUUGUGGAAAACAAUAAUACAAGAUACUCAAAUCCAGAACUAGAUAUGAUUACCAAAGAUAUAGAGGAGUUGUCCAGAGAGAAAUUGGCUCUCGAGACGGACAUUGCCCAGAAAGAGGCCGAUUUGAAGAUCAAAAGCGGCGAAAUUAAAAGUUUGCAGGCCGAGUUGGAUACUUUGGCAGCAACACUUAAACAAUUAGAGAACCAAAAAGGGGAAGCCCAAAAAAGACUCAACGAUCUCAAAGCACAGAACACACAGGUGGAUGGUGAAAUAGAAUCGUUCAAAAUACAAACAGAGGACCAAGCAGAACAGGUUGAUAAACUAAGGAUUCAAGCAGCAGAACAAGCAGAAAUGGUGAAAGCACAAGAAACCGAAUUGAACACAAAAAAAGAACAACUAGAAGGUCUUCGCAUAGAAGAGCAACGUUUGGAGAAACAGAAAGCUGAUAGCAUAAAAAAGCUGGAAAAUUUGAAUUCCAAUUUACAAGAAACCCAAAUCAGUAUUAGCCAGGCGAAGGCGUUGAUAACUCAAUUACAAGAACAGACGAGGCAGAUGAAUGAUGCGAUUUCCGCUUGCGAUAUGGCUAUUGAAUCUGGAGACACAUCUCAAGUUGCUGAUGCUACACUAAAGAUCAAGCCGGAAUUCAGAGAUUCGGAAUACAAGAAAAUGAUUUACAUCAAUGACGAUAGCAAACGACAGAACGGAUUCAACGAUGAUCCGUUUGGCUGUCCAAACGGCCACACCACUGGCUUCACGGAUGAUCCGUUUCAGAGCGGUGCAUUCCCCAAUGAACCAUUCAAAGCUGAAUUUCCAGAUAACGGUUUCGGCUCCGAUCUAUUUGAAGGAUCAUUUUCUUCAACGACACGACCAAAUGAUCCGUUCAGUGCUUUCGGCGAUUCAUCUAAUGCUACAGAAAAUCCCUCUACAAUAGAGGCCAACAGCGAAGACAAGGACCCGUUCGGUUGCGACCCGUUCGCCGUCUUGCACGCCCCCCCGCGGGCAGCUUCGACGGCCCCCGGCCGCCCCGCCAGCCCCAGCCCCGCGCUGCCCCCCAAAAAGAGCAAGAACCCGCCGCCGCGACCCGCCCCGCCGCGCCCCCUCGCGCCGCCCAAUGCGAGGAAGCAGGCGCAGGACGCGUUCGACGCGGAGCCGUUCGGGGGUAGCGGUGGGGGGUUUGCCGAUUUCGCCGAUUUUGACGCUAAGUUCUCCGAUAAGACCACCUCUAAGGUCCAAGCACAAUCUUCCAAAGGUCUAGAGUUCACAGACGACCCCUUCCGAGAUUACCGAUACGCGGACCCGUUCGACUUCAGCUUCGACGACGAGCCCGAAAAACCAGCCGACUCCACAGACUCAAAGUUCGAUCCGUUCGGAUUGGAAGGCAGGCAGUCCGUGCCCCUGCCGGCGACCGAUCCGUUCGUCGCGAGCGGUAGGGCUUCGGCGCCUAUCAGUGGAGCCCUGAACGAAGACCAGCAGCUCGCGUGGGCUGCGAGAGAGAGCCUCCGGUUCGAGGAGGAUCGACAGCUGAGACAGGUUCAAGAACAGGCAGAUUUGGAGUUGGCGAUCAGUUUGAGUAAAGCUGAAAGCGGCAAGGUUUGAUGAUGCCGAGCAAAAGGUGAUCUUGUUUUUGAUAGGACGUUUGUGGGAGGUGGAGAGGGGUCGGAAUGAGAACUCACCGUUUGUAUUGCUCACCAGGUGGCGCUACUGAAACUCAAGAUAUACUUCUUCUUUCAGUCUCUUCGUUACAGUACAAGUUAGGUUAUCUUCUUAUUUGCUAAUGUGAAGAAUACGAUUGGCUUAUUCCAAACCACUGACAUAACAACUAUCUAGACCGCUAUAUGUCAUAUUAUCUCAGCCACUCGAAAAUCUUGGGUAAAUUGCUCGCCUGAAAAUGCUUCUGCUCAAUGCGCAAGAACCCUCAAACUGUCGUUCGUGCAGGCGAGAAAUGCUUCUUGGUGUUCGGAAACAUGAAUAAGAGUAAGAUAAUAUAUGACAGGUCGUUAAUGCGUCUAGAUAGUAGUUUAUGUAGGUAUUCCAAACUCGCGAUCUGUCAUGGAAAAUUUAUAGGUUGAGUAACUUAUUUCAUAUGGUACAAAAAAUACAACCUGAUUCGAUAAUCACCUGCUUAUAUAAUUUUUUGGUUGAAAAAAUGUAAAAGACAGGGGCCUUAUUAUUGAAUCAAGGGAACUAGUCCGCCGAAAGAAGAGGCGUGUCCCUCACUUUAGUAACAAAUUAUUUCGUUCCCCGCUGCUUCUCUCGAUAGAUAGCAAGAGAAACAGGUACUCUGUUCCGUCUCCUCUCGUAAUCCACCGAAAGAAGCAAUGGAAAGUGACAUUGUGAACAUUUUAUACCAAGCAUUCCCUCGAUUCAAAAAUAAGGCUUCUGGUCAAUCCAGCAAUACUUACUUGGGAAUUUUCGAUCUUAACAGAUACCUCAUGCUCAAUGGCGCCUACUGGUGGAAGUGAAGAUAUUUACUCUCAUUUGAUGGCAACGACUCACCAUUGCUGUCUUCAUUUUAUAUAAUUUCUUUGAAGGUCAGUGGCAAACAGUUUUGUGAUUCUGGUCACUCUUACAAUGUUCCGUUCGGAUGAAUUGUAUCAGUAAAAUCGAAACUCUUAACAUGAAGAAUGUUAGGGAAAAAGUCUUCUGAAGGGUUUCUCAAAAUGAAAAUUUUACUGAGAAUAAUCCGUUUUCAAAAUAAUGUUUGACAUUCGACAAAUCCAGAGAAGUCUUGACAGUUGACAAAGAUUAACUUUUGCAUUGUCAUUCUGGUUUAUUUCUUUGCAUUUUCAGUCUCGUUUUAUUGGGUAUAGGAAGGGGUAAGGUUGGAGGCUCAAUAAAACGCAAGGUAACAAUCCAAAACGAUUUCAUCGAAUCUGUAAUCAAACAUCGAAUUAUUGCGAUUCAAAAGAGUCAAUUCCAAACACAAUAAAGUGUAGGUUUUUCCACUGGUAUCACUUAUUAAAUGAACAUAUCCAUUAUACAGAAAUGGUUGACUUAUCCAGAAUUUGAGAUUAUUGCCUACUUUUCACUGUCAUGAUUUUUUCCUAGUUUUGUUGAAUAUGAAACAUUCAGUUCUCUUCGAGUGACCUAAGCGAUAUCAAAAAACGUUUUUGAACGUGACGUUACUGAUUUUGAUGGAUUGUGGUGUAUAUGAAGGCAGUAAAAUGCCUAUUGCCUUACGCGAAAAGGGUUAUCGUUCAGGCCGCUCUGGCCAAGGCAAGAUGAUUUCGAGGUUGUGAAAACGCAGUGUUCAUGUAACUGCCGCGAAACAUUAUUUUGUUGGACUCAGUUGAGACUUCAAACUGCUUGUUUACGUCCGGUUGCAUAAAAAAUUAUAGAAUUCGCAAUAAUAAAUAAAAAGAUUUAGCUCACGACAGAUGUAGCGAGUAGGAACGAUGGUGUCAAUAUUAUGGCACCAAUGUGGCAAAUUUGCAGACUAACCGGUAGGCUAAAUGGCGGACCAUUAUUCCGAAAGUGCUUGCAUCUGUCGUGUUGUUCGCGACUUGGAGAAAAAUAUUGAAGCCUCAAUCAGUACGCUGGUGUACACAGUGGACUCGGUUCAUCAUUAGGAAAAGAAAUAGGUUAAUAAUAAGAAGAAAAAGAUUUGAAAAGAUCCUAGGAACUCUGGAGUUGACAAGCCUCGAAAUUCAUUUAUUCACCAUAUUUUUCUAAUACAAAGACAAUGUGUACCAUAACAUCUCAAGCCGUGCUCCUUACAAUGAGAAAUCUCCGAGGUGAACCCAGUUGGGCUAGGGGUGAUUUCAGAAAGAUGGCACUGAUGAAAAUUGUUAGGUUGAGAAGGGAAAAUAAAAAACAAAAAUUCUCUUCCGAAUUCCGUCGCUCUGGACCGCGUUCUCUAUCUACAUAUAUACAUAAGGCACGCCCCGAAAUGUUGACAAGCCAUUGUUUUGCUCACUGAGCUACAGAAGUCACGAAUUAUAUUGUUAUAUGGAAAUAAUUCUGCCGAAAGUCAUGUCUACAAUGUAGAAUUCAGAUUCCCUUUUGAAAAUGGACUAUUUCCUUCAUUUCAGUUGACAACUUGUCUAGUUUAUAAUCUUGAGUAUUACUGGUAUUGAUGUCCUGAGCUGUGUAAUAAUAAAUAGUAGGAAAUAAUGAUGUUACUUGAACUAAAACGUUCUACACCGGUAUUCAAUUUAUUGAAUGAGUUUAUGGAGCAUAUUUGCACUGGAAUCCGAUGUAUAUUGAAAUUAUUUCUAGAAAAAUGUCUGCCACAAUUCGAACAGAAAAUAAAAAUGGAAUAGGCUGUGUUAGGACACGUAAAUGUUUGUCUUUGCCACGUUUCCUUGUAAUGGUGCAAGUUCUAUAGGGUCAAUUUGGUUUCAGAUAAAAGCUUGUUGUGCAUUUCAACAUGAAAAUGGUUCAUUCAAAUAUCAUUAUAAAUAAAGGUCACAAAGUUAUAGAAACCUAGUUGGAAAGCAUAUGAAAAUGUGUUCACUAAAUUCAAGAAGAUGAGCUUGGACUUUCUUUUUUAUUAUGCCCAUGUAUCAUCAUUUUCGUGAGCUUGAAACAUAUCAAUUAGUUGAAUUCGCCAAUGUUCCCACACUUUUUAUUAUGGUUUUCAAUUCAUAGUCUUGUUAGACAAAAUACUCUUAUGUCAUAAUGUCAUAAUUAUGAUCUAAACUCGUUAUACUCUUCUACAAAAUGAUGAAUGCUUGAUCCAUAAUGUUGAGAACAAUUAUUCUUAUGUGGUUUUUACUUUACAAUUUUUGCAUACUUCUGAUAUUAAAUAAGCUUGAUAAUUUAUUUUAUUUAUUAUAAGUAGGUCACUGAUUGAUUGUCCGAAUAAUCUGUUUGAGAAGUAAUAUGUUUUUAUUACACAAGUGACGUAGUGAGUGUUCACUCUUAGGUUGAUAUUUUCUAAUUCAGGAUACCAAGAGAAUAAAUAUAUAUUUUAUGUUAGUAACUUUUGACUGUAUGUAGAAUGUUUCUUUUGUAUAUUAUUAGUUAUGUAAAUAUUUUGUAAACUUGAAUAUAUUCGUUAUUGUUUUUGUGUUAAACUCAUUUGUUACAUCUUAACGAAAAAUCUUCCAUUUUAUGUAAGCAUUUGUUACUGAAUAAAGUUAUCUUCACCACGUUAAUUCCC